GUAUUUAACGGAAGCGGGGUGUGUGAAUAGCGCUGUACAUGUCCAGUGGCACCGUACUGCGAUGGAAACUAACGGUUUGACUUGCACGAAAUCUCAGCAAAUUUGAGCGUGAUCAAACCUGACCAGGAUGAACAGCGCAGCCGUGUACCCACCUGCUGCCACCCACCCUGACAACAUGUUCAGCAACAUGCCAGGCUACGAAGGCAUGGGUCAAGGCGGAGGAGGUUUCCUGCCCCCUCCCAUUCCCGCGCAGCCUAUCGCCCCGCCCCAACCUUCCCCUGAGCCCGAAGAUUGGAGUAUUCCGUCCUUGUCCGAGGAUGCGGCACGCGAGGCGUUUAAGAGCUACGUGGCGUCCAACUGCUGCUACAGUAAAGCACCCGCCAACGAUGGCGUCAUCACACAAAUGGAGCCCUUUAACACAUACAGGUACCGUCUGGAGACUUACACUGAGUCAAGGUCGACUGAGUGGGCCCACAAACCUCAUGAAGGCGAGGCGGCAGACUUCUACACACAGACGGCCCCCCGGCCCUGGGAGAUCCAAGCCACGUCCCCCAGCCUCUUCACCAAUCACUCCGAGGAGAUCCGUGUGCCCUACACCUCCUCCAUUAAGGACUGCCACGACUGCAAUGGCACAGGGAAGAAGGCUUGUGAUGACUGCCAUGGGAGUGGAUAUAAAGCGUGCAGGAUGUGUAAUGGCUCUGGCAGCAAUAAUGAUAUGAGCUGCAAUCAUUGUGAUGCUACAGGCAGAGACAGGUGCACAGCAUGUAAUGCUAAUGGCACCAAGGAGUGUGACACGUGUAAAGGAAAGCGCCAACUGCUUACCUACAUCAAGCUGAAAGUGGAGUGGACUAACCAUGUGGAGGAUCACGUGGUGGAGCAGAAUUGUGGUUUGAAGAUCGAUGACCUGCGCUCAGUGAGCGGGAAGGAGCUGUUCAAGAACAGCCACUACCUGGUGUAUCCACUACUUGGCUUCCCAAAUCCAGCUAUCUCAGAGGCCUCUGAGCGUCUGAUCCGGGAGCAACAGAGCAAGUACGCCCAGACCUCCAGGAUCCUUCAGCAGAGGCAGACCGUAGAGUUGAUCCCCAUCACCAAAGUCAGCUACAAGUGGAAAGGCGACUCUCACGUCUACUAUGUGUACGGCAACGAGCAGCAAGUCAGUGCCAACUACCCUGCCACCUGCUGCUGUGUCAUCCUGUAGACACAGGAAGUGCUUCUUCUUUAUUUCCUGUUUGCUUUCUUCAUCUCUCAGUGGAAAUCCCCAAACAUUAAAAAGUAGUCAAAUUGUCAAACCAUGGCCAUCAUGAAAGCUUUGUUCAGUGUACAGGCAAUGUUUUAAACCACUUCUUAACAUAAGUGUGACAAAACGUGAAGCAGUAUUAAUUGUAUGUUCACUUUGUGAAGAUACAUGGGGUGAUGCUGGAGUCUUUCUGCUUUAAAUGUGAGUCUGCUUACUCAACUUUAGUUUUGAUUCCACUGUAGUCCAAAGGCAUCACUUAAAACCACUUUACGUUUUAAUGUGUCUGUUGGUGUCUGAAACUGAAAUGUUGAUUUUGCUAUUUUGUCAACGAUGUUCUGCUCAGUCUACCUUGUAGCUGUUUUGACAUGAUUUGACUUUUGUAUUUGUCUUUGCCUGAAAUGUAAGUGUCAUAUGUUGUCGCUGUGUACACACCAGGCAGCACAGAGUACCUCACACACUAAGCAAAAGUUUGAAGUUAUAAUGCGACAGCUAGUGUCAGCCUUACACUUAAUAUGUAGUGUCAGAAACACUAAUCUUUGACAUUUUACCUCGUUUUGGGGCCAACAUUUUUCAGUAAAUUUGAGGUAUUGUUAAUAACCACGAUGGAAUGACUGUGUCACGUUUGCCUUUGUCGGAAGACAGUGAAUGUGUGCAUAAUUAUCACAAUGUCCCGAUCCCAUUAUGUCAUUCAGUGUCUUGUUUUAUGGUUCAUUAAAUGUUACUAAAAUGUGACCCAGCAGGUCAUAUUUGUGACCACAGGUAACAUGAACACAAGCUAGCCUUCAGGAACAACCAGUUGUCUUGUCUUUGUUUAAACAACUUUUUAUUUUUUACAGUAUACAAUUCAAGUAUGAAACAUAGCUGUACAUGCAUUUCUAUGAAUAAACAGACAGCAUUA